GCAAAUGCUAGCAGCACAACAUCAAGUUGUGAAUGUCACAAUAUACUGUACACUGUCCAGCAUGGCUUUAAUGAUGUUUGUGCAGCACCCACUAGCAGAGGGACUUCAAUCCCAGAAUCCAUCACUUCAAAAUGGAACAAGGAGAUUCGGUUGUAUGCCACAUUACAUGUAUGGAUCUCUGCCCUGCCCUGGGGCACGCCAAGGGAGGAUAAUCCCUCAUAUAUGCAGAGAAAGGAGGGGUGAACAAGCAUCAUGUAGAGACCAAUAUAUGGACCUUGAUGCCCCUGGGAGGAAUUAUGAGAGUUCAUGGCUUCAUCGUCACUGUACGUCAUCCACUACUCUUCACAGAAGGGCAAAAAAAACUGGCAGACUGUUCUCAGGCCUCUUUGGUAUGAAUCUCAUGUUUAUGGGAGGUACUCUGGUCACCGGCGUGGCACUGAGUAACAAUGCUGUGCCAGAAGGAGACUCACAAAUCUUCCUUUGCAUCCUAAUGUUGUUUAGCUCAAUUUGGUCGCUCUACCAUCUACUGUAUGUCCGUAAGAUUAAUUAUGCUGCACUUCACCAGGACCACCAUGCAGGAGCUCUAUGGCUAAAAGCCUCCCUUGCCCUUUUUGGGAUAUGCAGCAUCCUGCUGUCCAUCUUUAAGAUUGGCCACGUCGUGUUACUGCUGCACUGCCAAUUACCAAUGGAUAUCAUCUACAACUGCAUGGAAAUACUAUUUGUCAGUGUCCAGACUGUUCUGCUAUGGAUUUCCUGCAAGGAUUGUAUUCAGCUGCAGCACAAUGUUACCAGGUACGGCAUCAUGUUGACACUAGCCACCGAUAUGCUGCUCUGGUUUACAGCUGUAAUUGAUGAUUCUCUGGAGCAAGAUCUGGCGAGCUUACGAGGAAACGCAACACAAGAUCAAAGAGAAGAUAUGACACAGUGUCAGUGUCAAGCUUCCGCCAUGUGUUGGGCAUUUAAGCAGGGCUAUGUAACCAUGUACCCCUUCAAUAUUGAGUACAGCCUAAUCUGUGUGUCAUUGCUCUUUAUUAUGUGGAAAAAUGUUGGAAGGAGAGAAAUGCCUCAUUCCAAACCACACCAGACUAGGUUCCAGCUGCGUGGAGUAAUAUAUGGACCCCUGACAGGCGGUGCUGCUCUUCUGGUUGGGAUCUGUAUAUUUGUUCACUAUCAGAUUGAGGCAUCUUCUGGGUUGGUGUCUUCUCUGUCAUUUCAAAUGUAUUACGGCUACAAGCUCAUUAUCCUGCCUCCCAUGAUAAUCUGCAGUGUGGUGGGUAUCCUGGUAUACAGCCUCAGAGAGAAGGAAAAGAGGGAUCAAGAGAAAAUUAGCAAGAGUGACCAGGACUGGCUUCAAAUGGAAGAUAUGGGAAGUCAAAUCCAAGACAAUGACUAUAGCUCAAGGCACUAUCAAAGCAGUGAGGAGCGGAAAAAAAUUAAAGAAUAUAGCAUUGCACAAUUUCACUAUACAAAACAUGGGCAGGCACAGAGGACAGACCAUAAACUGGAACAGGGGGAGAAAUUAGACCAUAGUCAGGAGAACAUAAACAAACACAAAACCCACCAUGGGAAGAUUUCAAAAAACUACACCCGUAGAUUGGAUGUAACCCUGCUGCUUAUUUCAGCAGUGGGCCAGGUCGGCAUCUCUUACUUUUCAAUAAUAGCCUCAGUGGUCACCAAUCCAUGGACCAUGAUGAGUGUCCUCAACUUCUCAAUCUCACUGCUCAUGAUCCUCCAGUAUUUGUCUCAAACAAUGUUCAUUAUUGAGAGCAUGAGGGGCAUACAAGAGGAAGAGAAGGAGAGACCAGGACAUUGUGAAGAAUUCUCCAAUCAGAAGUCCAUACAAGAGAUGCGCAGCGUGUCAAUUUCCUCCAGAGAGAAUACUGGUCAUCUCAGUCUAAGCCGAAGGGUGGUGAAGGAGACUGCAAUGUUCCUAAUGACCUGUAAUAUCAUGUGUUGGAUCAUGGGAGCCUUCGGAGCACAUCCUUUGUAUAUGAAUGGCUUAGAGAGGCAACUUUACGGAUCUGGCAUAUGGUUAGCCAUCCUCAAUGUUGGACUGCCGCUGUCAGUCUUCUACAGAAUGCACAGUGUGGGAAUCCUACUAGAAGUCUAUCUCCAUGCAUGAGGCGACAUCCCUCCCUGAGCCCCCUAAGCACUGAAAUAAAGCAGUUGGGGGAUUUGUAAAUAUGAAUCUGAUAAUAAAGAAUAAAUCAUA